AUGAGAGCAAGGGAAGAAAUGCUGAGGGCUUCUGGACCAAAGAGGAGGGCCCUGCCCGCGGCCGUGCUGGAGGCGCUGCGCCCGGCCCCGCCCCACAGUGAAAACCAAGAGUCGGACUUGACUAAUGAAGGCAGAAAAGAAGAUGGGUCUGACAAUGGGAUUGAAGAGUGUGCCCCAGGAGAGGACAGUAAAGAUGAAACAGUGACCACUGGGUUGAAGGAAGGCUAUUCAGCUGUGUGCUUAAAAGGCCAGGAUCUAACUAGCUGGCACCAACAAAAAGCUAAAGACUUCAUACAGAAUCAUCUCUAUGGACCAGGCACCAGCCGAACAACUGCAAACCAGUUCUUCUCUCUUGCAAACAAGAGAAGUCAGGUGAAAAAAGCUGCAAUUCAGUUUGUGAAGAAAUCCUGGGGAGCAGAAAAAAAACAAAGAGCCCAGCGGUUCAAAAAACACCGGAUUUCAAAAUUGGAAACUGCAACAUGAAACAGGAAGUGCUGGCUUCAUUUAAAGUGAAAGCCUUCAAGAAACCUUUGGAAACUUGUCUAUUAUUUGCUAGGAACCCUGUUGACAUCAAUAAAAUAUUAGUGUUGUACAGUUGCAUUCUUUCUUUUGUUGCUUUUGCAAUGAAGGAUGUCUGCCUUGAAGAUUAAUGGACACAUCCAGUAGAAGCAACCUCAGCCAGUGACUGACAUAUUGCAAUUCCCUGUUGCACACAGUAUGGAGAAGCAAAAGUUAGAAGCCAAAAUGUGCGUUGACACUGACACCACUGUUAACACACGGUGUAUUCCUUUGUGCAUUAAAAAAGGAAGUGUUUA